AUGCCUGAUCAUGGAGUUCAAUUCCCGUCAGAAGGCGUUUCCCGAUAUCGGUCUGCUGCUGUGGAUGCUGUUCUCGAGGAGGAUAUCGGUGGCAGUACUAUUCGUCAGCGUUUCCGUUGGAAACACAACAUCGAUCCUCUGCUCGCUAAGUCACCCAUUGUUAUUGAGAUUGCUGAUGGUGAUGAUCUACAAUCAAUAGAGAUGGUGGGUUUGCAUCGGUUGGGAGAACCAGGGGUUUUGGGCACUCGCUCCAUCCCGCCCUCGGUUUCAGGUGAUGCCCUAUCGACGUAUGCCACUACUCAGGUUGCUCCUUACUUGGUGGCAGCUGUUGGUCAUCUUUGUUACGUAGGGUCCAAUUUAGUAGAUUUGGUUGCUGUUAAAUCAAAGCAUGACGAGCUUGUGGAGAAGGUUUGGCUUCUCAAAGAGGAGCGACACAAGUUUGAUGAAUGCUACCUCAUGCUGUCUGGGGAGAAGACUAUUGUAGAAGCUCAGGUGGCGACUCUGCAUGGGGAGUUCGCCACUGAGGUCUCGAGGAGGAAAGUCUUGGAGGCUGAUUUAGCUUGGGUUCUUCAGAAGAGUGUGGUUCGUGUGGUGGACCGUGUUGUCGAGAGUAGUAAGUUCAUGAUUUGGAAUUUUUAUAUGAAGGCCACAUGUGUGGCUACUGCACGGUCUGUCGAUGCAAUGCAUGUUGCCAUCAUGGAUUUUUACGAGAUGGACUUCGCGUGCUAUCUCUUUUUGGGAGAGCUCAUCCUUGCUGAUCUUCACCAAUUAUGUUUUGAAGAGGAGGAACUCGUUUUAGACGGUGGCGUUGAUGGUGUUGCUUCGACUCAACCUCGCUAG